AUGGCUCUGAAUGACUGUUUGCUUCUAAACUUGGAAGUGGACCAUUUCGUACACUGCAACAUCUCUAAUCACAGUGUGGAUCUCCCCAUGAACGACGACUGGUUCCACCCCGGGGUCCUGUAUGUCAUCCCUGCAAUUUAUGGGGUCAUCAUUCUGAUAGGCCUCGUUGGCAACAUCACCCUGAUCAAGAUCUUCUGUACCGUGAAGUCCAUGCGAAAUGUACCGAACCUAUUCAUCUCCAGCCUGGCUUUGGGAGACCUGCUCCUCCUGGUAACCUGUGCGCCCGUAGAUGCCAGCAGGUACCUGGCCGACAGAUGGCUGUUUGGCAGGAUUGGCUGCAAACUGAUCCCUUUUAUCCAGCUUACCUCGGUAGGGGUGUCUGUCUUCACACUCACAGCUCUCUCAGCAGACAGGUACAAAGCCAUCGUCCGGCCAAUGGACAUCCAGGCCUCUCAUGCCCUGAUGAAGAUCUGCCUCAAAGCCGCACUGAUCUGGAUCAUCUCCAUGUUUCUGGCCAUCCCAGAGGCUGUGUUUUCUGACCUACAUCCCUUCCACGAGGAGAGCACCAACCAGACCUUCAUUAGCUGUGCCCCGUACCCACACUCUAAUGAGCUGCACCCCAAAAUCCACUCCAUGGCUUCCUUCCUGGUCUUCUACAUCAUUCCGCUGUUGAUCAUCUCUGUUUACUACUACUUCAUUGCCAAAAACCUGAUCCAGAGUGCUUACGAUCUACCCGUGGAAGGCAAUAUACACGUCAAGAAGCAGAUCGAAUCCCGGAAGCGCCUGGCCAAGACAGUGCUGGUGUUUGUGGGCCUCUUUGCUUUCUGCUGGCUCCCCAACCACGUCAUCUACCUGUACCGCUCCUACCACUACUCCGAGGUGGACACCUCCAUGCUCCACUUCGUCACCAGCAUCUGCGCCCGCCUCCUGGCCUUCACCAACUCCUGCGUGAACCCCUUUGCCCUCUACCUGCUGAGCAAGAGCUUCAGGAAACAGUUCAACACCCAGCUCCUCUGUUGCCGGCCCAGACUGAUGACCCGGUCUCACAGCACCGGCAGAAGCACCACCUGCAUGACCUCCUUCAAGAGCACCACACCCUCCGCGGCCACCUUCAGCCUCAUCAACGGAAACAUCUGUCACGAGGAGUACGUCUAGACUGACCCUUGACCCUGCCCCCUAGGGACUCCUGGUUUUGCCUUAUGGCUGCAACUCCUCUUGAGAAAUCCUUCAACCACCAUUCUACACUCAUGUUCCCAAUAGUGGAAUGGAAGGAGACAGACAAUUCCAUCGCUUCGAACAAUUUGUAUGAAUGAUAUCCCGUUAGCUUGUUAUGUUUUGUAAUUAGAGCUGAGAGAGACAGAAGAAAACACCUUGCUCAACCUCCUCCUUGUACAAAGAGUACUUUUCCUGUUUACACGUCUUCAACCUCCACGCACCUGUUAUCUUGAACUGCUGCUCUACAAUUUUACCCUUGGCUUUCUUCAAAACUCUUGAGUAUAAGUGACUCCAUACCUAGUUAGUUGCUAAAGUGCAUAGCAUUCUGGGUUCCUCGCAUGGCUUGUUCAAGCAUCUCUGAUCUCCCUGCUUCCGAAGACGUUUUGGGAGUAGGACUUAUCUUAAUGCCUCCUUCAGUUAACAUCAUGGCAUAGACUGUGUCUGGCCUCCUUUCUAGCUUCUGGAUAAACAGGAGAUCGAUGUCUGGGUCUAGCUGUGUGUCCUUAGGCAAAUCUUAUCACCUCUUUGAGACUCUUCAGUGAAAAGGUUGGAGGAGGCCUUUGCCAGCCAGUGACCUAGAGGACUGAUCAAAUUAUUUCGUGAAUCAACUGAUGGAUCGACUCCAGCUUUCUCACUGAAAUGAACUCAGCCGGGCCCUUCUCUAGGGAAGUCAAAUUUUUAUUUCACCUCCGGAACCUAAAAUCACGGUGAGGGAGACCCAAGCCCCCACGUGGUAUCACCUCUCUGUUAGGGCUGAGUGUGGCAGCGGCUGGAGCUAAGACAUUUCACUCCUGGCCUCCAAAGAUAAUCACGUUUAGAGCUAAUGUCUUUGGUGCUGCUGCUCGGAGGGAUGUUCCACAGCAAGACUAUCCUGGCCCUGCCCUGCUGUUGACGUGAUGAUUCCCCAUAAGUGCAGAUGGCUGAACCCUGUUCUUCUGGCUGCCCUCACUCCCCCACUGAACCUGGCCUUUCACCUCAUUAAUAAGCCCUGGAUUUCCUUGCUUUGCCCCACAAACAAUUUGGGUUCAUCUUGAAGGAUGGCGAACCCUUAGAGAAAUAAACAGUUUAGAGGCUACUUCACACAAACCAAGUUCAGCUUAUUAUGAAAAUAUAUGUUAAAUUGAAAUGAACUUGUCCAUAGGACAUGGGCACACUUAAGUUAUAAAGUCUUCCUUUGUGCCCAAGUAGCCGUUGGUUACUGGUUUCGGAGUCUACUCCUGUGCCAAGUAGCUUCUGGUAAUAGUGAUUAGCUUUGUUUGGGGACUACAGAUUGAAUGACACCCUCAAUCUGUGGACUGCAAGGUGGCUAAGUCACUUUUCCCAGGAGCCAGAUAGAAACGAUGGCCCCGGGAACCUGACUGUAUGAGAGUGGAAUAAUUGUACACACGGUGUUGUGAUGAGAUGGGGAGGUGCAAACUUUCUUGCAAUUUGUGCCCUUCCCACCCACACCAGGAAGGAGCUCCCAUUAAAGAGUAGCUUAGCAUUAACCCUGGGUUGCUGAGAGGAAUGGAGCACAUUUGAAACAUUCGUCUAAUAUUUGGCUGAAUUUUCAUAAAAUGGAUUAACAACUGAAAACAAAGGAAUUAGUCACUCCCCUGGGACCAGGCUUUGUGUGAGCUAGUCAAUGAAACCGAGCCCUAACAAGCUCUACUUCAUUCUGUAUCUGGAUGGUCACUUCUCUCAGCCCCAACCUCGACAGCUCCGCCCCCCGCCCCCGACACACGUACGCGCCCAACACAAACACAACAACUGUAAUAUCAAGCAAUCUCUUACCAUGAUAUUUGGCCUUCAAAGACACCCUUCUUUAGGAGCAAUCAACAAACCGCACACUGAGAACAAGUUUUUCUCACGUGAAAGUUCACGUUAGAAAUGCAUUCGGUGGAAUUUAUCUAAAUUUUUAAGAAGUUGAAGAGCCCCUCGGUUAAAAUAUUACAUAUUCACAAUUAAUUCAAAACAUACUUUGCAUUGACCUAGUGUUCACGGUCUACAUUGCCUCAUCUGAUCCAAGCCUUCGCUGCUGACCAGAGAGCUGCUUUACAUCCUUUACUGUGGAAAUUUGUAAAUGACAUUGACUAGUGACCAUCCACUAUUAGAUUAAAAGGCCCAGGGAACUAUGAGGCUGAAGCAUGAAAGUGUGGGUAUGGGACCAGAUUGACGUUAAAAAAGAUGAUUUCAUAUGGGUCAACGUAACCUGAUCUCAUUCAUUCUCACGGCCCAUUCUGUGCUAUUGAAGAACAGUGCUGAUCAUCGCCACCCCAGUUUACAGGAUAGUCUGUUGCCCCCCCAAGUGACUCUGUUUAACUUGGCACGAGGGAGUGAAUGGAGUUGUCCGUUGGUUGCCUCAGGAGAGGCAUACUAUUGGGAAUGGCAUUCUGCGUCUGAAUGAAGUCCUGGGGCUCUAGAAGUGCUGGAAGGAAGGGGCUCAACUUCCCCAAGCCCCGAGGACGUGCCACAUGCAGUGCUGAGCACAUUGCUGUUCAUCCUAACCAGCACCUUGAAGAGCAUUCAGAAGAUGAAGCCAAGGCUCAGGGAGAUGGCUCCACGAUGCCAAGGCCACAUGGCACAGCUGAAUGACAGAGCAUUAACCUGGGCCUGCAUCUCUCUUACGUCCUCGUCCAGUCCACUGUUCAGCGUUGCUUCCCAAAUCCAGCCCACGUGAGAAACUCAGUCCAUGGAACAUAAUAGACCGUCCUGUUCCCCACUCUAGAUUUUGUCCAAAGGCCUGAAGUAGUGAUAAAGUCAAAGAAUAUGCACAAAGGGCAUCGAAGAUGUUUCUAAGCAUGUAAGUUAAGGACUCACUGCAGGCAGAGGCUGAAAUGCAGCACAAAGUAGGUGGGCAAGGAGGUCCCUUAGUUCAGUUACACCCAGAGACACAAUUCAGUUGCAAUCGAAGGCCCUGGGAAGAAUUUCCCACCUGGUUAUGUGACUAACUGAGGCGAAAAAAACCUUGGUGAAGUGCCAUGUUCAGAGAGAGGACCCCAGUGAGAGGAAUCAGUCCCGGCAUCCUUCUUCAAAUCAGGAUUAGUUGGCGAAAAGGUGUCAGGAAGAGGUGGAACCACCCACUUCCCCCUCAAAAGAGUAAGAUAUGACAGUGGAUGGUUUCCUGGAGUCUGGAGACACAGGCUACAUGAAUAGCCUUGAAUAGAAAACGAUCUCCUGGACUAAGGGGCCAAGUCAUGGGCUCAGGUAUGGACCUAGCUAUCUGAGUGCCCAGCCCUAAAUGCCCUGUUAUAAUCCCAGACACCAGUGUCUCUCUGCUCUCUCUGAGCUCACGUUCUAGAAAAUAAGAUUAUUUUCCUUUUUUUACCCAAAUUUAAAUUUCACUCCCAGAGCUAUAUAAUGCCAUGGAAGGACUCACGUAAUUUUAUGGUCUUUUAAAAGGAUCAUUUUCAUGGAUAGUAAAACCUCACACACUGAACACCUCAUUAAUUCCCAGACAAGCUUGAAAAUUUUGGUAUAAUCCAGGAGUUCAGUGUUCAAAGUACAUUAUAUAAUUUGGGCCUGUUGUGAAUCUAAAUUUUUCAUCACGUUGCUUCAAUUUUAGCUACUGAUAUUGAUAUAUCAAUAUUGACCACGUACAACAUUAAGAAAGUUAAACUGAUUUCCCAUAAAAAUGUUUUUUCCUUUAAUUUGGGCUUAACUGAUUCAAACAUGACCUUUUUGCAUCCGAGUCAGCAGGGUUUUGGGUAAUAAAAUUUGUUGAAAUAGUCAAUUCAGUGAGUUGUAAAAAUACCUGGCACAAACUUCUUUAAUGUCAUUUUCCAUUUUGUUUGACAUAUUAUACUCAUAUUUUGUAAAUUAUAAUUGUACUUGUUAAUAUUAACUGUAAAUAUUUAUUACAUUAAAAAUGUGCUCUGUAUUAAAUAACUCGGAACAAGUUCCAGGUGU